GAAUUGUGAAGCGUCGCGAGAUCUUUGGAGCGAUGCGGACGUCGCUGGCGUGGUCGGAUAAAGUCCCCGACCGGAAUGGCGUCAAGGUUGUGGUGCAAGACAUUGCGUACCAUCCAGACGGGACCCAGUUGGUGGCAGCGAUCGGCACCCGCGUCAUGAUCUACGACACGACGAACGGGACGUUGCUGCAUUCCCUCAAGGGACACAAGGACACGGUGUACACGGUCGACUACGCGCAUGAUGGCAAGCGAUUCGCGUCGGGGGGUGCCGACAACGUCGUGAUCAUCUGGACGGACAAAGCCGAAGGGAUCCUCAAGUACACGCACAACGACAGCAUCCAAAAGGUCGCGUACAACCCGCAGUCGCAGUGUUUGGCGAGCUGCACGGCAUCCGAUUUCGGGCUUUGGUCGCCCGAGCAAAAGUCCGUUGCCAAGCACAAGGUCGUGUCCAAAAUCCUCAGUGCGAGCUGGAGCGUUGACGGCGAGUACUUGGCGAUGGGCAUGUUCAACGGGCAGAUUCUCAUCCGCGACAAGCAAGGCGGGGAAAAGGUCACAAUUGAGCGGACGGCGCCCGUUUGGACGUUGAGCUGGAGUCCAGGGCGCGAUGACCAGACCGACAUCUUGGCCGUGGGGUGCUGGGACCGCACGCUCAGCUUUUACCAGUUCAACGGAACGCAGUACGGGAAAGACCGGAAGCUGACCUUUGAUCCGUGCUGCGUCAGCUUUUUCAACAAGGGCAAGUACCUUCUCGUGGCUGGGUCAAACAGAAAGGCGAGCUUGUACACGAAGGAAGGCAUCUUCCUUUCAGACAUCUGCGAAGUUCCGGCGUGGGUGUGGACAGUCAAGGCGCGCCCGAAAGCCAACACGAUUGCGGUCGGGACCGACAACGGCACGGUGGCAUCGUACCAUCUCAACUUUGGCACGGUCCACGGCAUCUUCCAAGAGCGGUACUCGUACCGCGAAAACAUGACCGACGUCAUCGUCCAGCACCUCAUGACGGAGCAGAAAGUCCGCAUCAAGACGCGCGACUUUGUCAAGAAGAUCGCGGUGUACCGCGAUCGGCUCGCCGUGCAGCUCAGCGACCGCAUCAUCAUCUACGAGCUGUCCAACGAGAGCUCGUACGACAUGCACUACCGCGUCCGCGACCGGAUCCAGAAAGACCUGCCGUGCUCGUUGCUCGUUGUGGCGUCGCUGCACUUUAUCUUGUGCCAGCAACGCAAGCUGCAACAGUACAACUUUGCCGGGAAGAAGGAGCGCGAAUGGGUGUUGGAAUCGCCGAUUCGGUACAUCACGGUGACGGGCGGCGCCAAGGGCAAGGAAGGGCUCUUGGUCGGGCUCAAAGACGGCUCUGUGCUCCAGAUCUUUCUCGACAAUCCGUUCCCGAUUCCAUUGAUCAAGCAGUCGAACGCGAUCGUGUGCCUCGACAUUUCCGUCAACCGCGAAAAGCUCGCCGUCGUCGACGAUACCAACACGUGCCUCGUGUACAAUUUGGUGACGAAGGAGCUUCUGUAUGAAGAGAAGGGGGCGAAUUCGGUCGCUUGGAACACCGAGUUUGACGACAUGCUGUGCUUUGCGGGGCAGAACCAACUCAAGAUCAAGACGGGCCACUUUCCCGUCCAUGCCCAGCGCAUGCAAGGGUUUGUCGUCGGGUUCACAGGCUCCAAAGUGUUUUGCCUCCACGCCCUCGCCGUCCAAGCCAUGGACGUGCCGCAAUCGGCGCCGCUCUAUCGGUACGUCGAGCAAAAGGAGUUUGGUCUCGCGUAUCAAGUCGCAUGCCUUGGCGUCACCGAGAGCGACUGGCGCCUCCUCGCGUGGGAAGCCCUCAAGAACAUGGACUUUGACAUUGCGCGGAAGGGCUUUAUCCGUGUGCGCGACAUUCGGUACAUCGAGCUCGUCCACCACAUCGAAGCGACGCGGAAGAGCCAAACCCUGAGCGCGCCGUCGCCCGACGUCGACAAGAAGUCCAAAGCGAUCGUUCUCGCUGAAAUCUUGGCGUAUCAAGGCAAGUUUCACAUGGCCGCCAAGCUUCUCGGCGACUACGACGAAGCGACGAAAGCGAUUCAGCUCUUUAGCGACCUACGGAUGUGGGACGAUGCAAAGAAAUACGCGGCCGCGUCCAAGUCGAUCGAUGUCAAGCAGCUCGUCCAGGACCAAGCCAAGUGGGCUGAAGACGUGCACGACUGGCGCGCCGCGACCGAAAUGUACCUGGCGUCUGGGAACGUCCCCAAGGCCGUGCAAAUCAUGGGCGCGCGCGGAUGGUUCAAUGACUUGAUGGAGGUUGUCCAGCGCCCAGACUGCGACCCAAAGGUCCUCUCGAUGUGCGCCGAGUACCUCUUGCACGCUGGCAAGUUCAAGCAGUGCCGCGACGUGUACUUGAAGAUUGGCGACUUUGACGCGUUGAUGAAAAUGCACCUGGCGUGCCAAGAUUGGGAGGAAGCGGUGCGGCUCGCCCAAAAGCACAAGGACAAGAUCCAAAACGUAGCCGACGUGUACGUGCCGUAUGCGGAAUGGCUGGCGUCGCAGGAUCGAUACGAAGACGCGCUGGCCGCGUACACGUCGGCGCGUCGCCCGGACCAGUGCAUCAAGUUGCUCGAGCAACUUGUGGCGUCGGCGGUCGUCGAAACGCGGUUCAAAGACGCGUCGUACUUUCACUGGCGGUUGUGCGACGAGUUGCUCGCGUGCGUGGCGGCGACGAGCCCCGACGCAACGACCGAGUCGGACAAGGCCAAGAUUCGCGCCGCGCUCGAGCAUGAAACGUGCGCCGACGUGUAUUUUGCGUACAGCGUCAUCUUUGCGUACACGGACGAGCCGUUCACGACGCUUCUCCCUGAGACGCUUUUCCACGCGUCGCAGUUUCUGCUCAACACGCUCAGCGCGAAAGCGAUGGCGGCGGCGCCGCCGCCGGGGGUAUCGGUCGCCCGCGUUGUGUUUACGUUGGCCCAACAUGCGCAGCAACUCGAAGCAUUCAAGCUCGCGCGGCAAAUGUACGAGCGCUUGCACCAGAUGCGCGUGCGCCCCGAGUGGCAAAACACCGUCGACGUCACGAGCAUGACGCUCCAGACCAAGCCGUACUCGGACCGGGACGAGUUGCUCCCGAUCGACUACCGGUCGUCGACGACGAAUCCGCUCUUGAAUCCGAACGGGACGGGCGAUGUCUGCGUGCACACUGGCCAUCCGUUCGUUCGCUCGUUCGCGUCGUUUGACACGUUGCCGCUCGUCGAGUUUCAACCGACGCCCGACCUGACGGACGAAGAAGCGAUCGCGUUGCUCGAGGUGCUUCCGUCCGUGGGCGACAACAACGACAGCAGCGCCGGCGACCCGUGGAAAACCACCGACACGGGCAACAUGCAGUCGAUGCGGCUUGGCGACGACAACGACCCUGACCAUGCAGACAAACCCGUCGUCCUGUCGGGGUCGCAAAUGUUUGAAAAGGCGCUGAAUCGCCAGGCGAUAGCGCGCGGCGCCGGCUACAAAGUCCUCCAGAUCGACGCCAAGAUCCUGGCCGCGCUCAAGCCGAAUGAAGUGUUCGUGGUUCGGUACCCGACGAAAGCGCUCCGGUGCAAGUUUUACAAAAACAUGAUCCCCGACAUCAAGGUCCACUUGAGCCCUGCCUGCCGCAAGUUUUUCCACGAGGACGACUUUGAGUUCGAGUACCUCCGCGAUGGCGCGUGUGCGUACUGCCGCCUCCCUGAGCUCGACCCUGUGCCGUAAAGGAUACGUAGCGACGUUCCACGACCAUUGUAUAUACACCACACGAUCGAUGCUACGUCCAGGUGCUGAAGAGAGGCAGAGGGUCGCUGAGAAGUGAAAUACAAUACGUCGGCGAGUUUGCAGUACUCGCCUCCCACCUGGAAUGAGGGGACGGGAGCUUCUCGGCGCCGCACGGUCUCGGGAAUCACGGCAGAGCGAUCAGAAGGUGAGAGGGCUUUGCCGCCACCGCCGCGAUCUUUGUUUCGACAUUUUCUUGGC